AUGGAAAGACUUAGGAUUAGGCUAAAGGAUGUUCUUAAGGGUCUUGUGAACAGUGAGGCUAAGGAAAAAGCUGCCAAAGUAUAUGCUAUUUGGAUUGGUGACGUAAUCGGCAUUGGUCUCGGGGACCGUAUAACUUCCAACGAUGAAGAUUAUGAUGAAGAAGAGAGGAAUGCUAUUUUCACAUUAAUGGCAAAAAGACGCUCUCGUGCAAUCAGCAUCUACAUUAAAGAGGAGGAUGAAGCCAGCUCAGGUGAAGAUGAGAAAGAGAACGUGGGCUCGAAGGCUUCGCGUAACCUCUCUGGUUCUGGUGACAAGGAUCGCCGAAAGCCAUCUGCUACAGCAUCGGCUGGAGGCGAUGUGACUGCCGACGCAAACGGUGUACUUGGUCGAGGCCGGAGAAAUGCAAUCCUCGAACAGAAGACUCGGGUAGGUCGAUGA